AUGGGAAUCUGGAAGUCGCUGUUGCUCGCGCUAGCAGCAACUGCGGUGGCUUUGCCUCAGCCCCCCUAUGAAGCAGAGGAUGACUAUGACUGCGAUUUUGGCGAAGAUUUUGGCGAAGAGCUUGUUCAAUUGAUUCAACACAUUCCCGAAGGACCGUCCUUCUGUCGCCAGUUGAUUCAUUCCAGUUGCGAAGCAGUAACUUUAACCAAGACUGUGAUUCCCGCUCCAACCAUCGUCAAAGUUACCCAUACGAUUACGGACCAUCCUCGCCCGGUGACAAACACGAAAACGAAGUCCGUCACCUCGACGACAGUGCGUCCGGUUACCAAAACGACAACAGGCCUUACUACAGUUACCCAUACCGUGCCUGUCCAAAGUACGCAUCUGGUUUCGGUUACCUCUACCUCUGUCUCAACCGAUUUCCUGGCCGAACCUGUGUGGGAGACAAUCACCAGAUCAUUGACGAGCACUGAUACGAGUACUAUCAGCCAGACCAUCACCGACUAUGCGACUGCUGUGGUCACUGAGGUCACCAUGGAAACCACGACUCAGACUCAGACCAAUACCAUCAGUGAUUACUUCACUUCAGUUGUUACUGUGUACAUUACGGAUGCUCAGACAGUUUUCGCUAGCAAUACCGUUAUCGAUCUGCUCACAGCGACUACAACCAACGUUCAUACUGAGACAGUUACAAUUUCUUUUACUGAGACUGCCACGGAAACAGAAACGGACACUAUUUCUUCUACGACGACUCAAGAAGUCGAUAUUACCGCUACCACAACUCUGCCAGUGACAAAUUUCCAGACGGACUUUGAGACUGAGACCAAUACCAUUCUUGCAACAGUGACCGAUUACGAGACUUUAACUUCAACUAAUGUCGUGACUGUUGACGGCACUGCCGUUACCAAGACCGCUAUUGUGACUGUGAAAAAGCGACAUGAGUAUGCCGGGCAACCAGCUUUCCCUACUCCUCCGGCUCUGAGGACGAUUCCCGAGGACUACCUAUCCACUGCAUGCUCCGAUCUGCUUCGAGAAAGGGCUCAGGAGACGGUGUAUAUCACCAAGGCUGCCGCUCGACCUACUGAGACCAUGGUUUUGACCACCCAUAUCAUACGCGGGAGAACACAAACGAUUGAUAGCACCAAGACUGUCACCGCAUAUGUGACCAAUACGGUCACUCAUCUAGUGGGCCAUGUCCUGACCAGCGAUGUGACCGUUUCUUCCACAUCGGUGCAGGACAAGACUGUGACUGUCACAGCCUUCUCUACUACGACUGCCACAGAUAUCGAGACAGCUACGAUGACACAGGAUGUGACAGCAACCGUGACGGACUAUGUCACAAUACCUGUCACGACUGAUUUGAGUUCCACGACCACUGUGGACGUGACGACUCUAGAAACAGCUCAGACGACACAGGAUAUUACAACGGAUAUCACCGAAACGACCACCACGGAUAUUACCACGACUCAAAUCACUACAGAAACGCUAGACGUCACGGAUAGUCAGACAAUCACUCAAACUUCUGAUAUAACUGCUACCAUAACAGCAUCCGUCACUGCAACCGAGACUGCAAGUGUCACCGUUGAUGUAACGGAAACCUCGACUGUCACUUCCACUUAUUCAAUCACCGUCACAAUCACGGAGCCCACAACUAUUCAAACCACCGUCGCAACAGCCGUGGAUAUCACAAGCACCGUUGAAACAACCAUCACCGAGACGACCACGAUAACCACAACUGUCACUGCAGCCGUCGCUGCAGCAACUUGCGGUGUCAACUUGAUCCAGAACCCAAAUUUCGAUGGCGGUGACUCAACCGGCGCUUCUGGCGGUGUCCUCACUCCCUGGGCCUUUAGCAGUACUGGCCUUGUUGCAAUGUCAUACACGACUGGCUACAACACCCCCUAUGCCCUCCUGCUCUACUCCCGCGUCCUCAACACCGGUAUCGGAAGCAUUGUACAAUCCAUCAACACCGUUGUGGGUAAUACCUACACUUUAUCUUGGUGGUAUUUUACAACAGGAGCAACCGUAUCGUCCACGUUCUCUUGUCACUUGGAUAAUGCCAAUUCCAACACUUAUACAAUUAACCUAGGCACUGUGGCCAAGGGUAUAUGGCGGGAGUUCUCGACUAGCUUUGUGGCUAGCUCAACGAUGACUACCUUGACUUUCAAAAUGACUUCUAUCAGUGGUCUUCCAUAUUUGGCAAUUGACCAAUUUUCGGUUGAGUGUUGA